UGGCAGGGAUAUGUCCACACGCUCUUUUAGGAAUUUGUCUCUCUCUUCUUAAUCAACAUCCUUGACCCUUGUCCUUCCAACCUUAAUAAUUAAAAGAAAAAAGUUAUUCCUUUUGCACACUCAUUUAUUCAACCACCGUAUCAAUCCAAGGAAUUGGACUCAAUUCAUGCUUCUUAGCAAAUGGGUACCCCGGAAAUUUGCAAAAGUGAAGAACUUUGCACAGAAUUGCUCCAGUCCCAAAGUGGGGGCACUACCAAUGAGUCUGUGACCCUAACUUUGCGUCUUCAAGUGUUUGGUGUGCUACAUUGGGUUGUUUCCCUUGGCCUCUUUCUGGCCAUGGAUUUUCUCUUGAAAAAAGCCUUCGUAGCAGCCUCGAUUGAGUUCCCAAGUGCCUUGUUUGGGAUGUUCUGUAUUUUCUCUGUUUUGAUUAUUCUUGAUUGUGCUGUUCCCUCUGCUGCUGUGGCCAUGGUGAAGUUCUUUGAACCGGGCUUUAUGUUCAUUCAGAGAUGGCUCCCUUUGUUCUAUGUUCCCUAUUUGGUUGUGCUGCCCCUUUCGAUUAAAGAUAUUCCAACUCCUUCUGCCAUCAAAAUUUGCCUUAUUAUAGUUGGAGGAUGGCUAGCUACACUUUGUGUGGCUGGUUUGACCGCUAUAGGUGUAAGGAAAGCUGUGAAGACAGAAUUGUUAGAUGCUGAGCCGAUGGAGAAGCCCUCUCCAUUUUCUUCCAUUGAAGUGUGGGCAUGGACUGGGGUUUUCCUUAUAUCAUUUGUUGCUUCAUUGUUUUACCCAACAUUACUGGGGACAAGAGCCAUAACAUACCUUCCGUUCUUGCUUGCGUCCACAGUGUUAGGCUACAUGAUUGGUUCUGGAUUGCCAUCAAUUGUGAAGAAGGUCUUCCAUCCAAUAAUUUUCUGUGCAUUAUCUACUGAGCUAACAGCAGUUGCUUUUGGGUUUCUUUCCAAGUCAGGGCUCGAUGCUAUUCUAGGAUAUUACCUGACAAACUCAUCGUCUAAUCCCGGAGCUGGUGACAUUCUAAUGGGAUUUUUGGGAUCUGUUAUUCUCUCAUUUGCCUUCUCUAUGUUCAAACAAAGAAAGCUUGUAAAAAGGCAUGCAGCUGAGAUUUUCACCUCUGUCAUCAUCUCUACUGUGUUCUCAUUGUACUCAACUGCCCUAGUUGGACGUCUAGUUGCUUUAGAACCAUCUUUAACUGUAUCCAUUCUACCAAGAUGUAUAACAGUGGCAUUGGCUCUCAGCAUUGUGUCUUUUUUUGAAGGUGCCAAUGCAUCUGUCACAGCAGCAGCGGUUGUGGUAACUGGUCUGGUUGGAGCAAAUUUUGUGCAAUCAACACUAGAUAAACUUCGACUUCGUGAUCCAAUUGCUCGUGGUAUAGCAACCGCAUCUAGUGCUCACGGGCUUGGAACAGCAGCUUUAUCUGCCAAGGAACCUGAGGCUCUCCCAUUUUGUGCCAUUGCUUAUGCUCUGAAUGGUAUAUUUGGAUCUAUACUUUGCUCAAUUCCAGCAGUUAGACAAAGCUUGCUUGCAAUAAUUGGCUGAAAUUGUUGGCACCUCGAUGGCUCGAUCCAUCUUAUACUCCUAAGGAGGGCUAUGCAAGUGUAUAGCAAUAUUAAGAAUCUGUUUUUGGUGCAAAGCAAUGUUUAGUAGCACCAUUUCUUGUAUUAUAUAUAGGAAGUAAUAAUACCACUGCAAAUCUUGUAUAUUUUAGAAUUCAUAUCUUGGAAGUAAGAGUUCCACACUAUAGGGGUGCUUUUCGGCAAGAUUGGUUAGUUCAACAUAAUUUAAUGUCAUGUAACAUUUUUAAUACAUCAAAUAGAAAGUGUACUUCUCUUGUCUGGGCAUGAUUGUA